AUGGCUUUUUCGAAGAAAGCAAUUGUUUGUGCUAUUACGUUAUUUCUGGCAACAGUCAUCAACACAGUGACUGCUAGUAAUGCCAAGAACUACGAUUGUAAUGGCAAAUCUUUCUAUUGUUUAAACUCAACUCACUUCAUGAUAUGUGUGGAUUUUGGUGAAGGAAUCUCAAGGGCGGUUGAAGACUUUGUUAUUCCCUGUCCACAACCAACAGUGUGCACUGAACAUAAUGAUUUCGAAUGUGAAUUUCCUGCGGCAACUACUACGCCAUCAACGACUACUCACGAAGAAACACCUAAAACUAUAAAAACAACUGUGAAAACUUUAAAUUUCGAUGCUGACGUUUCCACCAAUGUACCAUUUCUGCAAGGAGACGAUCCUCUAAAAUCAGAAAAAUACACAAAUAUUGUAGACAUGAAUGAAGCAGAAAAUAUUCACGUUAAUUCAGAAAAAACGAAUAUCAAACAAUCUCAACCAAACCGUUCUUCAGAUCGAAUGUUUGACGAAGGUUUUAUUUUGACAACAACAGAUCAACCUUCAAUUAACGAAGAAUUUACAAACCAACCUGACUUGUCACAUGAAUCGUUUUAUAAUGAUGUGGACAUAUUGUUAACAACAGAAUAUACACAAAACGAUUUUAAAAUAGUCACAGGCGACGCCAACGACUCAGAGCCAAGUGUUACACUUUCUGAAAACUGUAAAGAAUGUACUUCUCUUAGUUCGUCAGUUGCAUUUCUAGACAAUUCUAAUACUAAUAUUAGUUCUACGACUAAUCAGCCAUCAGAAGAUGUGACAACAAUAAAUUCAUUGAAUCCCACGGAUUCAGAUUAUUUAAAUUCAAAGUAUUCUAUUGCUGAAACAACAUUUAGCUCUAUGGUAACUAGAAAAGAAGAUACAGUUUGGAGUAUAGAUACAGUAGAUACAACUGAAAAAAAUUCAUAUGAGUUAAAUACAUAUUCAACGAAUGCAAAAAAUCAUCAAGAAAAUAAAACGUUAAUCUCAGAUUUUACGACGGAAACCAGGUUAUCCUAUUUUUACAAAGAAAAUACAACUAAAGAAUUACCACCAAUAGACAGCACUGAAAAUUCCUUUAACUACGUCGAAGAUAGUACGUUACUUACUAAAAUAGAUGCAACCAUUACCAAAACGAUAGGUGUCAAAUCUGUUAAUAAUCCCACAAUUGGUUCUGAGAUAAAGAGUAGCACAAAUAAUGGAGAUUUACAGACAACCUAUUUCGAUCUGACUACAGAACUCGAAGAAAGUAAUUUAAUAAGUGAAUUUUUAACUCACGAGGCGGAACGUCAAUAUUUAUCUAGCAUGGGUACUAUAUCAAGGAUUGAUGCAUUGGAAAUGAGUACUGUAUCGAAUGAAUUACGGACUGGAGAGAUCGAAGAUAAAACAAGCACUAUUAAUAGUGAUAUAAGGCGGUCGACUACAGAGUUGGAAGAAAGUAGUUUACUGGGUGAAAUUCCAACUACAGAGACUAAAGCGAAAAAAUCUAGUGUGGAUUCUACAAGUCCAAAUACUGAUGAAAAUAACAUAAAGAUAACCACAAUGAAACAAUUGGAAACAAAUACUUUGUCAGGUGAAUUUCUUACUUACGAAAUUACGGAUAAAACAUUAUCUAGUAUGGAUUCUGAAAGUACUGAUAGUAAUAAUAAAGAUUUAACAACGAUAAACACUUUGAAAAUUAGUAAUUUGGACGAAUUCCUUACUUUAGAGAUGGAGUAUAAUACUCUAUCUACCAUGGAUUCUAUAAGUGCCAUUACAGACGAAAAUAAUAUAAAGAUAAUGACCAUGGGACAAUUGAAGCCUAGUACUUUAUUUGGUGAAUUCUCUACUCACGUGAUGACAACUGAAACUUUACCUAUCAUGGGUUCCAAAAGUACCAUGAAGCAAACGACGAUAAGACAAUUAGAAGAAGGCAAUUUUGUGGGUGAAAUUUUAACGAACGCGUUAGAAGAUCAAACUUUAUCAAGUACGGAAUCUAUAAGGACAAGUAAUUAUAUAAAAAUUCCCACGAUUUCCUUUUCGAUAGAAAAACUGUCAACAGAUUCAACUACGGAAGGAGGACUGGUUGACAUUUCUAAAUCAGACGAAAUUGACGUUACCACGAAACAGAUUUUAGAUAUACAUUCUUUUACCAAGGAUAUUACAUUGACAGGAUCUGGACGAUUGGACGAUGUAACUAUUUUUAAAGACUUAGAUAUUAUAACGAAUAUGGUAUCGAACGUUAGUCCUAAAACUAAGGAGAUUAAAACGACACAAAAUACUGAUCUGACAUCAGAAUAUUCGUUUGUAUCUAAAGAUACGGGUGAAUUUUUGCCAACUAUGGUAAAUAAGAAUGUUAAUUUCCUUGCUGACACAAUAACAACAGAAAAUCAUGAAGAUUUUACAAUAAGCAAUUUAUUUGAGUUAGACAACCAUUUGAAGAAGGAUGAUGUUGAAUCUAUUACGAAGGCAGGUAUUUACAAAACUGAUGAAUUUGUUGACGAGACAGCAGCUACAAAUAACAUACAAUUUAGUGCUCCAGACCCUAUUAAUGGUAGUAAUGUAUGGGAAGGGGAUAAUAUGUACGUAAAAGACAAAGAUAGUAAAACAACAACAUUUAACAGUGAAAAAACAUUAAAGAUAAUGCAAGACUUCGCAGAUGAAACCUCAACAAUGUCCAAUAUAUUUAAUACAAAUUCAAAUAACGUCAAUCCCAAUUCACUUCUAAAUAUUAUUUCUGGGAAAAAUAUUGAAUCUGACUCCACUAUUAUGACUACUAAAAAUUAUAAAAAUAGCGAGGCGCUCACAAGAUCAAACUAUACUGUUGAUAACGCAUCUGAAUCGAUUGGAGUUAACAGAUUUACAAAUACUGUUUUACCCAAUACUAAAAAUAAGGAAAUUAUAUACGAUUUAGAGAAAAAUUUCAAUGUCAAUGGAUCUGUUACUAAUGAUGCUAAACUAAAUUUUCUGAAAAAUAAUGGCGAUCAAUCAAUCCGUCACAAAACUAUAACAGAAAAACAGAGUUAUGAGGUUUUAACAGCAUACGACUCUUUUACAACAGAUAAAAGUGACUUCACAGUAACAUUAGGAGACGAUAAGAUUCAUGAAGAAUUUUUCGACUACAUUAAUGAUAAAUCAGCAACUCAAACCUCGUAUACAAAAUUUGAUGUGAAAGGUGUAAGUAGUUUUGAUCUAAAUGUCAAAAACUUUAACGUCAAUACAGCUGAGACUUCGGCACCAACUGAAAUUAUAUUGCAAGAGAAUGCCAAUGUUUAUGAUAUGAAAAGUACGAAGCCGUCUAUCAAAACAAUUCCCAAUUCUGCUUUAAAUUAUACUCAAAGCGGAGAUGGCGUAUACAUCCAAAAACAAGAGGUUAAGGCGUUCGAUAUAAAUUUUGAAAAGUCAGAAAAACUAAAUAGCACCGAAAAGUUACGUGUGGAUAACGUUGCGUAUCUGCCAAAAAAUGAAUCCGGCAUUUCUAUAACUAAGAGUAGGACAAAUGCUUACACUAACACUGUUUCUACUCCUACUCUACAGCCUUUAAAAUUUAUAUGUGGAAACCGAUCGCGAGGUGAGUUUCGUCGUAAAAAGAAAAAUUGUGAUUCGGACGAAGUUUACCACAAGAGAAAGAAAAAAUGUGUGGAUGAAGAAAGUUAUGAAUGUAAAGUGUAG